AUGCCUGUCUAUCAUGUUGUUCUCUUUAAACUGAAGCCGGAUGUAACUGCUGAGCAAGUGGACGAUUUGCGAGAAAUGGUUCUUGGCAUGCAUGGCCAGAUUCCUGGGUUGCUCAAAAUUUCCUUCGGAGAGCCACUGCCGAUUACAGCUUCGCGAGCACAGGGAUUUAAUAUCGGAAUCGUUGCUAUUCUUGAUAAAGCUGAUACCAUUCCGAUAUACGCAGCUCAUGCAGCUCAUCAGCCGGUAAUGAAGAAGAGAGAAGAACUUUGCACUGAUGCGUUGGCUUAUGACAUGGAAUUUGACGUCUAG